AAAGCAAAGACCCGAAGAUAAUGCACUCUAUAUCUAGGUAUUGGACCUGACCAAAUUAGGGUUACAAAAUAGGGAUAUGUAGAUUACAUCCAUCAAAUUCAAGGAAAGAGCGCGCGAUGCACGUAGCGACUAUAUCAAUCUGGAUGAAAUCCAAAUGGGGCGUUUGACUACCAUCGGCCGCAUCUCCCUUAUUACUCCUCAUACAUGAUCAUAAUUAAUGUCGAACCUUGCUUAAAUACUCUGAGCGACAAUGUCAACACAGUAUGACGAGAUUGGUGCCAAUUAUGACCUUUUUUGCGAUGCUCCAAUUCAGCAGAUAAAUCAUGCAGCUAUGAUGGAACACCUUGGCCCCAUUGUUCAAUCCAAGCGAAUCCUUGAACUUGCGUGUGGAACAGGUUUCUACACUUCCAAAAUGUUACAUAUGGGGGCUUCUCAUGUGACUGCGGUUGAUAUCUCAUCUGCCAUGGUCUCUGCUGCUCAAACCAAGAUUCCAGCUGAGAUGAAAGAUCAUGUCACUUUCUGCACUGCAGAUUGUGCUCAAUCAUCCAUUUGGAAUGAGGUCCAGCUUCGUGAUCAAGAAGGAACUUUUGAUAUGGUUGUCGCAGCUUGGUUUUUGAAUUAUGCAGAAACACGAGAGGAGAUGCGGAGAAUGUUUGAAAAUAUCUAUUUGGCUCUGAAGCCUGGAGGAAUCCUUAUCGCAUUGACUGUUAACGCGUCGAUAAUCGACAGUUUUCAACCAAAUGACCCACUCAAACACAUAGAGGCACAUCUUGGUGCAGUCUAUGAUGUUAUUGGGAUCGUCGAGGGAGGAUACAAGAUGCUUUUUUCUAGUGUAGGAAUGGGUGAGAACGACAUCAAGUUCGAAUUUUAUUUCUUGCAAGAGAAGAUUUAUCGUCAGGCAGCAGCUGAAGCAGGCAUGAGUCAGCUUGAAUGGAAAGUGGUAUUCCCAGGCGAAGAGCAUCUUCAAAUGAAGGGCCCGAAUUUUUGGCAACCAUAUUUGGAUCGUCCUAUUAGCGCCAUUUGCUUUUCGAGAAAGCCAGAUGUGGAGCUUCGAGAACAAUGUUCCAUUGACAUAAAUUCGGGUUCGGAACUGCUAACAAAGAUUGAAUAGUCAUCAAUCUAUUUGACGAGCUCUGGCUUUCCCUCCCUUUCCAGUAGUUCUCAGAUCCCUAGGCAGUGAUAGAUAGUACCAAUAUAAAAAG